UUCACAUCAGUUAUUUACCCGCAUCUUGAAUACAACACGGGUUCGGAACGAAUAAGCAAAUAAGAGUAAUUUGAAAAGUGAAUUUUAAUUUAGUAAAUUUAAAUUAUAUUUUAGACUGUUUAUUUGCCUUUUCAAGUCGUGGAUAACUUUAAAGAAUGGGUUUCGAUUUUACUAGAAGACAAUGGUUGAUAAUUGUGGUUAUUUCGAUAGCUGAUUUCUGCAACGCUUUGUGUGUUGCUUUGCAGGCGCCGUUUUACCCACAGGAGGCGGAGAAGAAAGGAUGUUCGGCGACGGAAUUCGGACUGGUGUUCGGCGUGUUCGAGCUGGUAGUGUUCUUGGUGAGCCCGCUGUACGGCGCACAUCUCAACCGAAUAGGGCCCAAGUUACUUUUCAACGCUGGAAUUCAGACCACGGGCACCUGCGCCAUAUUGUUUGGUUUACUUGACAACGUGGAGGGCCACAUCCCGUUCAUAACGCUGAGCUUCGUCAUUCGAAUCGUGGAGGCGAUGGGCAACGCUGCCUUCCUCACCGCAUCAUUCGCCAUCAUAGCCAAAGAGUUCCCUAAUAAUGUCGCUACGAUGUUCGCUUCCCUAGAGACUUUCUUUGGGCUCGGACUAAUAGUCGGUCCUACUUUGGGAGGCGCUUUGUAUGGAGUCGGUGGAUACUACCUUCCCUUCGCAGUGCUAGGCGCUACACUAUUCUGUACAGCUGUUAUGAGCUACGCUGUGCUACCCAAAUGCAAUGACGAUGAAGAUUUAAAACCAACAGGACCGACGAUGUUCACACUGCUCAAAAUCCCUGGCGUUUUGCUCGCAGCAAUCAGCAUCAUGUCGACAAGUUUGAGUAUCGGCUUCCUACAGGCGACACUCGAACCACAUCUCAGACAGUUUAAGUUUUCACCUGUGAUCCUCGGGCUGAUGUUCGUGAUCAACGGCGGUGUCUACGCGGCCUCCGCGCCUGUGUGGGGCUGGAUGUGUGACCAUCCCUCUAUCAAGCCCAAAUACGUCACUGUUAUCGGCUGUAUGUGCAUCGCCAGUGGCUUUCUGCUUAUCGGGCCUGCGCCUUUUAUUGAUAUGCCUACGUUGAUGUGGAUGACGAUAUUAGGCCUGGUACUCCACGGUAUGGGUAUGGGAAGUCAACUAGUUGCAUCUUUCUCGGACGCUCUCGGCACAGCAAUAGCCAACGGCUUACCAAACUCAAUAGAAACCUAUGGACUGGUGUCAGGCAUGUGGACUUCUGUGUUCGCACUUGGGGCAUUCGUAGGUCCCACAGUCUCCGGCUUGCUCUUCGAUUCCGUUGGUUUCAGAAACUCUACCAUGUUCGUUUUCAUUCUGCAUGUCAUUGUUAUGUUGGUAGUGAUGGUGUACCUGUGGGUGUGUGACCGCAGCUCCAAGAUGGAUGUAUCAGUAUCCGCCGGUGACCUACUGCAGUUAGACGGAACUCUAGACGAGAGCGUGCUCAUCGGCGACAAGUACAUCAUGCCCCCACCGAGGGUUAAAAGUCGUCGCUGUGGAAUCAGCGUGGAGCGUUCUCGGCCACCCGCAAUGAACAGUCUAAUAGCGUGCACAAGCUGUAAGAACCGACGCAGUCCGUGGAGUCAGCGCACGCCCGUCUAUCGGCCCUCCUACGGCAGCCUCGACCACCGCUUCCGUGGAGCCCUCUCUGUCACGUAAACAAACUGUGCACAAUCACAACAAGCAGUUACUAAAAAUCAUAACGGUUUUAACCAAUAUUUCCUAACUGUCAUACUGUCAUGUAACGCUCAAUAGAUGCGUUCCUUUGUGUGUAUUUCUUAUUUCCGGAUUAAGAUAAUAAGGUUUAUUUGUAAAUUUCUGAUCGUAAAAAUUGGUUUUAUCCUACAAAGUUGGUAGUCAGAUUUAUUACGUCUUCUGCUGAUAUGGGUUAUUUUAGUUCCCGCUUUCAAAUCACACUUUUUUGACUAAAAAAUCCAUAUCCCUUCUAAUUAAUCUUUUAUUACUAGUUUUAUAUCAAUCUUCGUGAUCAUUUUUACAAAAAAUGUUUGUGUAUGCGCUUAUUUUUAAGAUUAUACCAGUUCCUCCCUACAGAGUUUAAAUAUGCAUCAGAUAUAUUUUAUUUUAUGAACAAGAUAUGAAUAUGCUUAAUUAUUUUUUAUAAUUAAUAAUAAGUUUUACAGUUCCUAAUAAUAGGUUGUUUUAGGUUAAUUAACAUACUAUUGUAUGUUCGAUAUACUAUUGAAAAAUAAGUAUAUCGAAAUGCCAAAAUAAUUCAUCAAAUUGAACAUGAAUAUUUCGUUGCUGUCAUAUUAUGUAACAUUGCAGUAGAGCAGGAGAUAGUAAAUGUAAUCUAACUAAUAUUAUAAAUGCGAAAGUUUAGAUGGAUGGAUGGAUGGAUGGAUAGUUGUUUGUUAGAGUUU